CAUUUCUCCUGUCUGAUGGUGCUGGGUUGUCUCUUAGGGCACGGACGCUCCGAAGAUGACUGUGGGGAUGAGAGGAGCCGCCACCGGGACAGCCACCUCCUGGCAGGGCGCUUGGAGCGGGAUCAGGAGAAGCUGCUCAGAGAAAGCAAGGAGCUGGCAGAUUUUGCCCGAAUCCACCCGUCCAGCUGCGCCACGAACGGUUUGAACUCCAACCUGAUGGUGACGGGAGGCCCAGCGCUGGCGGGCUCCGGGCGCUGGUCUGCAGACCCCGCCUCGCACCUGGCUGCCCACCCCUGGCUCCCCAGGACAGGCAGCCCCUCCAUGUGGCUGGCUGGCCAUCCCUAUGGACUUGGUCACCCUUCCCUGCACCAGGGCAUGACUCCAGGCUUCCCCCCUGCCAUGGGGGGAGCUCUCCCUUCCGCCUACCAGUUUGCCAGAGACCCACAGUCAGGGCAGCUUGUUGUGAUCCCCAGCGAGCACUUGCCACACUUUGCAGAGCUGAUGGACCGGGCACCCCCGCUGUGGUCUGCUAUGUACCCCCCGAGCAGGAGCUCCCUCCAGCACGCUCACCAGCUCCAGCUGCUCUCCCAUCAGCAGCUGCUGCGGCAGCACGAGCUCUACAUCCUGCAGCAGCAAGCAGCCCAUGCCAUGGAGCUGCAGAGGAGUGCUCAGCUCAUGGAGAGGUUGAAGGCAAACGAGCAGCGUGUGGAUAUGGAAGAGAAGGUGACAAAACGGAGCCUGGACAGUGCCAAAUCAGGCCUUUCCUCCUCUGCCCCGGGACUGGUGCACCGAAAACCACCUGUGCUGUCUCCCAGCGCCUCCACGUCCUACAGCAAGGCUGUGAGUCCACCUCCCCUCUCUCCCAGGGCCUCACCUGUGUCUGUGCUCAAAGCUGAGGUGAUCCAAAAGAUGGAGGAGCCACCAUCGCAGCCAGCCUACUCCUACCCCGCCACCCCCAGCUCCCAUCCCUCCAGCCCGCCCCCUGCCUCUCCACCCCCUGCCCCUGCCAUCCCUCCAAAGGAAGAGGCGCCCGAGACCGUGGAGAAGAAAGACCUGGAGCUGGAAAAAGAGGCUGCUGGUCCCUAUCAGGCCUUGUUCCCAGAGAUCCCCCCUGGAUACCCAUUCCAGUCCCUGCCUCCCUCCUUUGGAAGACACUAUCCCUACCUCCUCCAGCCCCCCGCAGCGUCUGAUGCGGAUGGCCUGGCUCCUGACGUCCCACUGCCUGCCGAGGGCUCUGAGCACAUGGACCUUUCCUCAGAGGUCAAACCCAUCCACCUGUCUCCGUCCAAAAUCCUAGAGCCCAUCCAAGCAGAAGCAGAAGAGGAAUCCUUGGAAGAGAGGGUGAAAUCAGAGGUGCAGAUGGAGGAAAGCCAAGAAAGCAUCUGUGAGCAGGACAUGGGGACUCUGAACAUCAGCACCUCUGCAGCCGUCCCAGUGCAGAACGUGGACAAUUGCAAUCUCCUGCUGCACCAAGGCGAAGCCCUGGGUGCUAUGGAGCAGGACCAGGAAGACCUCCAGAGCUGCCCAGCUCCUUACCAGGUUGUGACCUGCCCUGCAGAAGCAGAGGCUGAGGCAGAGGGCGGGGGUGGAGCAGAAGCCUGCUCCAUGCACAUGGACUAUGACGGUUUGCUCGUGCAUGCGGAGAGCGAGCCACCCGAGAUGGACUUGACGCCCCAGCGGGAGGAGGCCUCUGUAGCCAUGGAUCUGCAGAGCGCUGAUGUGCCUCGGGCCAGGGAGUUUCCCAGCCUGCCUCCUGAGGAGGGGGAGCAGGGGCCAGAGAUCCAUUCCUACACAGAAGAGGCAAUCACUUGCCAAAUCCCAGAUCUGGACAUCAAGCCGGGUGACCCGCUGGCUGGGAUGAAUGCUUUGGUGGCUGCUACAGAAAUGCCUCAGGCUUGUUCCUUGUUGACUACCACCACUGUCACUCCACCCCAGAUGAAGGUGGAGGUGUUAACUGACCAGAGCCUGGAGCACUCCUUCCUGCAAGGGAUCACUUUGCUGAGUGAAAUUGCAGAGAUGGAGCUGGAGAAACGGAAGCAAGAAAUGCAAGCAGGUCCAGAGAGUUUCCCUGUGCGGCCAACGCUGGAGAGUUUGCUGGCUGCCAGCACCCACAUGCUCAUGGAAGUACUUUCCACCCCCUUCAUGGAAAGUCUGAAAACCAUCCGGCUGCCUCGAGAGCUGAAUCCCAACAAAAAGUACAGCUGGAUGCAGAAGAAAGAUGAACCAAUGUACUCCAUCAAGUCUGCCAUUGAGAACAUGGACGCCAUGGAGCUGGACUACAGGAUGAGGCUGGCGGAGCUGCAGCGGCGCUACAAGGAGAAGCAGCGCGAGCUGGUGAAGCUGCAGCGCCGCAGGGACUCCGAGGAAAAGCAUGACGAGAAAAGUAGAAGCUUGGCGAGAAGAGGCCCUGGAAGGCCCAGGAAGAGGAAACUUGGAUCAAGCGCUCUGUCACCCAUUAAGGAGAGAGGGAAGAGUGACAGCAAGAGUGGAAAACUGAGCAAGUCCUUGUUGCUCUCUGAAGACUCUGAGACUGGUGAGGGCAUGAAGAAGAGGCACAAAGGGGCUCUCCCAGAAGAGGACGAGGAUGUGGAGAGCAGCAGUGGCAAGAUGAAAGGGAAGAACCCAGGCUGGGAUGAGCAUGAUACAGCUCCCAGCUUCUCAAACGAGCAGUUAAAGCUCAAAAAGAAGAAGGUGCCAUCGGAUCAGGAGCAGCUGGCCAGCAAGCUUGACAAAGCCCUGUCUCUCACCAAACAAGACAAGCUCAAAUCCCCCUUCAAGUUUGCUGACAGCUCUGGGGGAAAGCUCAAAACCAGUGGAGGUGGCAGCAGGUACCUCCCAGCCCACGAGGCUCUGCCAAGCAAGGAGGAGAAGAGCCUGGCCAAGAACCUGGGCCUGUCACUGAAAACCUCCAAGGAAGGUAAAAACAAAGUGACUGCCAAAAUGAAGAAGAUGGAGGUGGGGUUAAAAGUCAAAAAUCAGCACAAGGUUUCCCAUUCACCAGCAAUAUCUGAAGUUAGCAGCUACUCCUAUAAUACGGACUCGGAGGAGGAGGAGGAGGGAUCCCUGAGGGACGAGUGGCCGGUGCAGCCCCCGUCUGGCGCCAAGGCGCGGCCGCCCGGCCUGUACAGCUCUCUGGGCAGGAAGGGUGGCCGGGCGGCCAGCGGCCCCAGGGUGGCCCCACGCGGUGCGCUGGUGGCCGGGCGGCCGCUGAGGCCCAAGGCGGUGGCGGCGGGGCGGAAGCAGCCAUUCUGCCUGCUGCUGAGGGAAGCUGAGGCGGGAUCUUCCUUCAGCGACUCCUCGGAGGACUCAUUUGAUCAAGAUUCCAGCUCAGAGGAGGAGGAGGAGGAUGAUGAGGAGGAAGAGGAGGAAGCAGAGGACUAUGGCACGGAUGGCACAGACAGGCUGUCGUCACCUGCCCUGGAUGAGAGUGGCCUGGGCCUUCUGGCCAGGUUUGCUGCCAGCGCCAUGCCCAGCCCCAUCGUGCCCCCUCCGCUCUCCAUCAUCCAGCUGGAGGCCAAGCAGAAGGCAAAGAAGAAGGAGGAGCGGCAGAGCCUGAUGGGGACAGAGUUCGAGUACACGGACUCAGAGAGCGAGAUCAAGAUCAGGAAGAGAUCUCCUUCAGGGCUGCUGCGUGGGAAGAAGGGGCCGCUGGAGUCCAGCAGCAUCCCGCCAAGCCAGGCCCCCAGCAGCCUUGACUCGGGCUCUGGGAGUGCUGACAAGGCCAAGCUGGGCUCUGAGAAAGGCCGCAAGCUGAAGAAAUUCAAAUCCCCCAAGGAUCUGAGCUUUGAGUUUGGGCUGGAGGCCAGCGACGAUGACCUGUGGAACCGGCGCCGCAGCGAGCGCAUCUUCCUGCACGACGCCAGCACGGCCUCGGCCGUGCUGGCAGCCACAGCGCCCGCCAGCUCCACCCCUGCCUCCAAACCUGGCCGCUGCGGCAAGGGGGCCCCCAUGAGCCCCAAAAAGGAGAGCAGCAAGGGGAAGGAGAGGAAGGAGCUAAGCAAGCAGCGGAAGAAGGGCAAAGAAACACCCUGCUGCUCCUCCUCCUCAUCCAUGUCUCCUCCUGGCAUCCCCAGCUCCCCCUCUGAUGUUCGGGUCAGCCUGGCAAGUGCCCUGGGCUCCACCAAGAAGAGCAAAGCUAAGGUGAAAGCCAAGGAGGUGAAAAAAGAGAACCGAGGGAAAGGAGGGGCUGUCAGCAAGCUCAUGGAGAGCAUGGCAGCAGAGGAGGAUUUUGAACCCAACCAAGACAGCAGCUUCUCAGAGGAUGAGAACAUCCCACUGAGCAUGCUGGUUGAGAGGCCACCCACACCAGCUCCCCGCUCCUGCAUCAUUGACAAGGAUGAGCUGAAGGAUGGCCUGCGUGUCCUCAUCCCCAUGGAUGACAAGCUGCUCUAUGCUGGGCAUGUCAAGACAGUGCAUUCACCAGACAUAUACCGGGUGGUGGUGGAGGGCGAGAGGGGAAACCGUCCCCACAUUUACUGCCUGGAGCAGCUCCUGCAGGAAGCGAUCAUCGAUGUGAAGCCCCCUUCAGUGCGGUUCCUGCCCGAGGGCACGAGGAUUGCAGCCUACUGGAGCCAGCAGUACCGCUGCCUCUACCCAGGGACGGUUGUGCGAGGAACACUGGAUCUGGAGGAAGAUGGUGAUCUCAUCACUGUAGAGUUCGAUGACGGGGACACGGGACGCAUCCCACUGUCUCACAUCCGGCUUCUCCCACCUGACUACAAGAUCCAGUGUGCUGAACCUUCCCCUGCCCUUUUGGUGCCCAGCACCAAGCGCCGUAGCCGUAAAUCCAGCAAAGACACUGGAGAAGGAAAAGAGGGAGCUGCACGGGGGGCAGAGGAGCCUGUGUCAAAGGGCAAAGGACGAGGGAGAAAGCCCAGUGUCAAGGCCAAAGCUGAAGAGGCUGCCUUGCCUGAAGAGAAGGACCAGGUGGAGUCUUCACCUGGUACCUCCUCAGUCCCAGAGAAGCCAGCCUGUUUGAGCAAGCCAAGCAUGAAGGGGUCACGAAAAUCACAACCGCUGCCAACUGGAGGCUCUCCUGCUCCCACAGAGGAAAAGCGGUCAAAAGCCAGCAAAAUGAAGAUCUCCACGAAGCUGCACAGCCCCCCACAACCCUCUUACCAGCCUGCUAUGUUUGGCAGCAUCCUCAGCACAGAGCCCUACAGCGAUCUCCCUGCAACGCUGGCGGCCUUCGGCUCCAGCGAUGCUUUGGUGUCCAAAGCCAAGGCCAAGAAAGGGCGGCCCACAGAAGAGACACAAGAGUUUGGCACCAUGGUUAAGGCUCAGAGGAAGCAUGACAAUGAAAUCCUGAUCAAGCUGGACCAUGAGGGUGUGAUGUCUCCAAAGACAAAGAAGAUGAAGGAGGCGAUGAGGAUGCUGGAGGACUCGAACCUGGCUGGUCGCAAAGAUGGGAAGGGUAUCUUGGGGCUGGGCUAUUCUGCUGCAGUGAGUGUGGAGGGCAAGCAGAAAUCUUCCCGAGCCAAGGUGGCUGAGGGAGACCCUUCCCCUGCCAGCUUUGGAGGAAAGUUUGAUACCUCAGCAGAGAGCCUUGCUGCUUCGAAGGACCAGGAGGAAAAGGCAGCAGCUCCAGCAGCAGUGGAGGAGUCUGAGAGCAACAGCAGUGACAGCAGCACGGAGUCAGAGGGAGAAGAGGAGGCUGAGAAGAACCAAGGGGAAGCUCAGGACAGCAGCUCAGCCAGCUCAAGAGCAUCCACCCCUCUCUCUUCCUCCAACUCCUCCUCUUCUUCCUCUUCUAGCAGCAGCUCCUCUUCAUCUUCAUCUUCCUCCUCUUCCUCCACCUCAUCAACCUCUUCUUCAUCAAGCUCCAGCUCUUCUUCCUCCUCCACUACGGACGAAGACUCCUCCUGUAGCUCUGACGACGAAGUAGCCGAGGCCCAGCCGAGUUCCUCGGUGCAGCAACCCCUCCCAGCCAAGCAAGCCAAGCAGGCAGGGAAAUCCCGGGCAUCCUCCCACACGCAGAGCCAGAAGCAGGGGGUGCAGCAGGGGGUGCAGCAGCCGGCACAGCAGCCGGCGCCGCCACAGAGCGGCAACAAGAGCCGGCCCAAGAAGCGCGAGGGCAUCCACCUGCCCACCACCAAGGAGCUGGCCAAGCGCCAGCGCCUGCCCUCCGUGGAGAACAGGCCCAAGAUCGCCGCUUUCCUCCCAGCACGGCAGCUCUGGAAGUGGUUUGGGAAACCCACGCAGAGACGAGGGAUGAAGGGGAAGGCCAGGAAGCUGUUCUACAAGGCCAUCGUGCGGGGCAAGGAGAUCAUCCGCAUCGGAGACUGCGCGGUUUUCCUCUCCGCUGGCCGCCCCAACCUGCCCUACAUUGGCCGCAUCCAGAGCAUGUGGGAAUCCUGGGGCAACAACAUGGUGGUCCGAGUCAAAUGGUUUUAUCACCCAGAAGAAACCAACCCUGGGAAGAAACUCAAUGAAGGCAAGCGCUGGGAUCAGAAAUCGGGCAGGAGUCUGGCCACAGCUUUGCAGGCAUCCAACCAGAGGAAGGACUUUAUGGAGAGAGCCCUCUACCAGUCCUCUCACGUGGAUGAAAAUGAUGUCCAGACCAUCUCACACAAGUGUCUUGUUGUUGGUCUGGAUCAAUAUGAGCAGAUGCUAAAGACAAAGAAAUACCAAGACAGUGAGGACCUCUACUACCUUGCAGGGACCUACGAGCCCACCACGGGCAUGAUCUUCAACACUGACGGGGUCCCUGUCAUCUGCUGACCGCCCAGGGGACACAUGCCACCCCUGGGAAGGGAUGGGACAAACCUGAGGACGUGCCUGUUCAGACGACAUGAUUGUUUCUUUCAAUGCUCAUUUCUGUGUCACACUACAGACAGGAGAGCGAGAGAGGCGUGAGGAGGAAGGAGAAGGCUGAAGAAAGGGGUUGGGGAAGCAGUUACAGGACUUGAGGAAGAUGCCACUGGGGGUGGUGGUGGUGGUGGUGCUUGAACCCCAGGGCUCUUCUGGAAGUGGCUUUAAGUAUGGUGACACUUGACCAACUUCUCCCUUCCUCCUUUUGGUCCAG